CCGUCGGUACUGUCAAAACAUAAAGCAGUUGAUGAUGUGUACAUCACAGACCACGAAAAUGUUUUCCUGAGUUUAAAUAGUAUUAUUUUCUGUCUUAAAGUUAUUAACUAGGUAGCUUUACAAGACUCCUACUGCAGGAAACAUUCGUUUUGUGUUUUUUUUUUUCUUCUACAUUUUAUUCCGAACCUUUUCCCGUAACCAUGGCCGGAACCAGCAACCAGGAUGAUUCCGAUUUAGCAAAUCUCCAAUCAAGCUUCGACGAGCAGCAGGCUAAAAUAAGCGCUCUGCGUGAAAUCAUUCGCCAGACGGAGGCAGUGAACGAUAUGAAGCAUGCAUCGGCACAAGAGAAAGUGAAAAACAUUGCGCAGCGGCUGACACACUUCAAGACGAAGGUUACUACCUCGCGGCUAAACCGUGCUAGCAGCAUCGGUUCAUCGUCCCAAUCACUGGCCACCAUCGACCAGGGUGUUGCUCUGAAGGAUGGUCCAGUUGAUGCCCGGCCUGAUCCGCGCAGUCCUGCCUUUCCUCGCGGUCGUUCCGAAUCAUCCGGUAUGGAGAAGUGUUCGCUGCUUCGUCAGCAGAUCGAACAGAAUCGCCUUAAAAUGGCGGAACGAGAGUCAAGCCAGCGGGAGAUCGAGGAGAAGGUAAUUGAAAUCAAGCACAAGCUUGAAGCGACGCAACAAUCGCUGGACCGAUCGAGCACCACGUGCCUUGCGGAGAUUGUUUCAUCGGUUGGCGACGGUGGUGGGCGCGACCCGGCGUUCGAUCUAUCGGAUAGCUUGCGGCGUUCUUUUAGUCACUCGUUUCUGGAUCCUGGCCCGGCACACGAAACAAUUUCCACACCGAUCAAACCGGUCAAGGACAGUGAGGAACAGUUUAACGAAGAGUUAAUAAAGUUCGAGGACAACGUUCGCCAGGCUCAGGUAAAGCGAAAGAGCGAUGAAAUGCUGGAGCGACGAAUAACGACGCUGGAGGACGAUUUGCACGAAAAGGAGCGUGUUAUUGACGAGCAACUGCGAGCAUUAUCACUGCUGGUGAAUAGUUUGCUCGAAGAGAACGAUAAAUCCGAUCUCGAGUUGGUAAAGGAGUUACACAACUUGCAGACGAAACUGCUCCAACAAAGCUACAGCAUUUCUACCGAUGAAGCAAUAUCACGAUUGCUGGAAUCGUACGGAUACGAUCCACUGCAGAAAGCUGCUGAACGAAAACAGAUACAGCAGCAGGCAGCUUCCACACCACCAGUACGGCUUGAUCAACAUGAAACGUCGGACGAAGCUAAGGUACAAUUGUAUGAUGCGCUGGAGAAAAUCGCCACGCUCGAGCAAGCGCUCGCAUCGCAGGAUAUCGAAAUGGAACGCAUGAAUCAACAAAUGACCGACUUGCGCCAGUCACUGGAAGAAAAAACAAUCGAGCUGAACGUAAUGACAGCUAACGUAUCGGUGCUGCAGGAGAAGCUGAAGACGAGUGGACCCAAACCACUGUUUCCGCGAUCGGCCGACGAGGAGCUCGAGUCGGAAACGACCAAACUGAAACAGCAGCUUGACGAUUCGAACAAGAACAUGAUAAAAUGUAAGCUAAAGAUCAAGCAACUACAGAAACAGGUCGACACAUUCAAAAAGACGUCCAACGUGCACGAAGAGAUCGCCAAACUGACCGAGGAAAACACUUCCCUUACCCAACGGCUUGCCGAGAUCGAGGAGCGCAAUACAACCGACACCCGAUACGAUGCUACCGAUCCGAAACCGGUCGGUCCGGAGCUGCAAAAACGCAUUGAAAUGUUGGAACUGACGUGUCAACAUCAGGCAACUGCUAUGCAGCUGCUCGAGGAGCAAAAGAACGAUCUGAGCGAAGAUCUAAAUCGCACCCGAAACGAACUGCAAUCACUCACCGACCACGUGACCGUAACCGAUGGGGACGGUGAUAAUGGGCGCAUCGCUAGCCAAAUGCUGUCGAUAGAGUUGGAGGAAAAGCUAGAAAAGUGUUUGGCGGAUAAGAGCGAACUGACGAAGGUGCUGCACAGCUGGGAGACGGAAAAGUCGGAACUGCAGCAGAAGCUGAAACGUUACGCGGACGAGAAUGCGGAACUGUUGGGCAAGAUCGAUAAGCUUAGCUUGGAGAAGGUGAGCUCGGCGGAAUCGAUCGAAAUACUGGAAAACUUGACGCUGCAUGAGAAGCAGGAGAUGGAAAACUCCGAAAAGCGUGCCAAGGCUGAGGAUGGCGCAACGGAAAUGGAUGAUUCGGACGAGAUUGUACGCAAUGUACUGAGCGGUAAGGAAGACUUAAACGAAAGCUUGCUUAAGCUCAUGGAGGAAAGCAAAGAGCUGAUGGAUAAGGUGGAAUUAUUCACGGACGAGCGGCGGGAAGUGUUGGAAAAGCUAGACGCGAUUUCGAUCGAAAACCAAGCCUAUCUCAGCGAGCUGGAUAAGCUGAAGGAGGCAAACGAACAGCUGCGCACGUACAGUGUGGAGUUAGCAUCAGCCAAAUCCGACCUGGAGGAUAAGCUGCGGGUAAUUAACGAAGAAAAGGAAACUAUCCGUCAAGAGCUGGACACGGUGAAGGUGCGCAAGUUGGAAGGGGUUGAAAGCAGUGUGACGCCCAGUAGUGCCGCCAGUCUACCGGCACAGAUGACGAUGAACACAACCGAAGAAGCGUUCGAUAAGGACGUCUACCAGCAGUCGUUGAUGGCAGUGGAAAUGGAGAUAACAAAUUACAACAAAAACAAGGACAAACAGAAGAAGAUGCAACUGGCAAAGAAGCUUACAGUAAGUGCGAAAACAUUGGUGACGAUGAGCAGGCAACUGAUCGAUGAGUAUGGUCGCUGUAAAGAUGAGCGUACGGCACGUACUGCCUGUAAUGAUAGUACCAUCAGUACGCUUGAAACAAAGCUGGCCGAAACGAUUAAAUGUCUCGAAAGUAAAGCUUCCCAGAUAGCGCUGCUGCAGGAAGAGAUAGCGAUGUUAAAACACGAGCUGGAGGUGGCGUACGAAAAGAGUUCCGACGAUGAGCCAGAGCUGCUAAAGGUGGAGCUGAACAGCAAGAACGAUGAAAUUAUGCUGCUGAAGAAGGACAUCGAUGCGCUGGUCGAUGCCAAAUCGUCCGAACUGCUGCAGAUACAGCACCGGCUGCUGGAGACACAGCAGGAAAAUCAUCAGCUAAAAACGUACACGACGGAGCUGCAGUAUCAGCUGGAGACUGUUUCCAAGCAGCAGGCAAUGGAAACGGAAACACUGAACCGGCAGAUAGACCAGCUGCGUACGGAGUUGCGUAAUGCUACAAGUAAUGUGCCGGAAUCUGCAAGCGAAGAGCUAGAAGGUAAACUGCAGCACAAGCAGGAAACGAUAGAUACGCUGAACGGGCAAAUCAUUGAGCUGUACCGGACGGUGGAAGAGCACCAGACGCAGGUGGACGAGUUCCGGACGCAGAAGGAGCAGGUUGAGCAUAAGAAUGAGGAACUGCUAGAAAAGUUGAAAAAGUUUGCAGCCAAUCUGAAGAAGAAAAACGUCCAGUGUACCAAGUUGGAGAAAGAUAUUGAAGCGUUGAAGGAAUCUAACCGGAAACUUAACGAGCAGGUGGCACACAUGGACACAGAGUCGACGCCUACCAGUGAUGUGAGCGAGCUAAGCCAAGAGAAGGAGCAACUGUCACAGAAAAUGUAUCAUCUGAACAAUGAGUUGCACCGAUUGUUGGAGCAAAAAUAUCACAUGGAGUCCGAAAGCGAAUGUAGUCGCGACGAGUUGCGAAAGCUCAACGAGGAGCUCACGGUGGUACGGAGCGAGCUGCAGAGCAAAACUGACGCACUGCAGUCGCUAGAGGCGGAACUGCAGGCGUGCAAGGAGGAGAUGCAAACGAUGCAAACCGAGCUCGCCGGUAAGAACGGUAAGAUUGAUAAGUGCAAAGCCAUCAUCAAGGAAAAGAUAAAGGAAACGCAACGCCUGCAGGAGCGGGAACGGCGUGCCGCCUACCUAGAGGAUGAGUUGCGCAUGACCCAGAGCAAGCUGGAAGACUUCCACAACCAAACGCUCCUGUUGGGCAGGCUGAAAAGUGAAAAGGAAGAGCUCAACGCAACCGUACGGGCGGAACAGGAACAGUGCAAAAACAUGGAACAACAGUUGGCUAAUCUGCGGCAGCAGUUAGCGAUUGUGCAGGACCGUAAUAAUACCCUGGUCGAACAGCUGAAGCGUGUGGAAAAUUGGGUACAGCGGUACAGUGAGAAAUGGCGCAACCGGCAGGAACAAACCACGGCACUGAGUAUGGAAGAAUCGAUCGAAAUACCGUCGGAUGUGUUUAGCUGGCUAUCGUUGCUGGCGGAAACGGACCGGGACAUUACACAGAUGCUUGCGCGGCAGAUCGAAACAGUUAGCGCACUUGAGAAUAGUCUGCAAAACACGGAAGAGCGUGCCAAGCUAGCUUCAAGCGAAAUUGAAUACCUGCAGACGCGUUUGCAGUCAGUUACCAAUGAGCGCGAUCAGUACGCCGUGUGCUGCUCUGAGAGGGAUCAAUCGUUAGACGAAUUAAAGCGAGAGCUGGACACUAAAGCUACGGAACUUCAAACAGCAGUUGCUGCAAACACACUAAUGCAAUCACAGCAAUCUGAAUUAACUGCUGCCCUUAAUGAAAUCGAACGGCUUAAGGAGCACAUGGACAGAUCACAGCAAUCCGAACAGACAGAACUGCGUAACGUGGUAGAAACCGCAAACCGGGAGCGUGUAGCGAUAGAACAGCGUCUGAACGAAGCAACCCAGAGCAAUGCUGAAUUGAUGGAGGAAAUUGCAACCUUGCGUGACAGUGUACAAUCGCUAGAACAAGAGCUUGAUGUAGAAAGAAACAAUAUCACACGGGUAACCGAAGCUACCACAAAUCGCCUCGAAGAAAUAACGCAGCUGCGGGAGUCACUGUCCGAAGCGGAAGAACGCUACAGCAAGCAGUGCGAUCGAUACAAAGACUACGAAAUGAUACAGCUGCAGCUGGUGGAGGAAAAGCAACAGAAGGAGCAGUUGAACGAAGCGCUUAAGCAGCGUGAACAGGAACUUCAAACCCUGCGAUAUGAGUGUGAUGAAUUGCGGGAACAUCAAGCUGAUGCGGGCAAACUGCAGUCGAUCGAGAUGGAGAGCUUGAAGCAACGGUUAUACGAUAUGGAGCAGAUGCAUGUCGGUUGGGAAGCGUCGCUGGUGCAAUUCCGUACCGAAAACGAAGCACAAGCAGAUGAAAUUACCCAACUCCGUGACAUGAUCGCGUCGCUCGAGCGGCAAACGCAGGAAGACAAGACGAACAUUUCCAUCCUAACCUCCCUGAACGGUGCGCUGAACGAGGAUUUGGAUAUGUUGCAGCAACAAACUGGGGAAGCAGAGCAACGGUACCAGUCGCUGCUAGAUGAGUUGAGUCAGACCAAGUCUGCGCUGGGCGUGGCGGAAGCACAACAGUCCCAGUUACAGCAGCAAACCGAUAAUGCGGACGUACGCUACCGUACACUACAGAGUGAGUACGAGCAAAACAAGCUGGCGCUGGAAUCGGUCACAGCGGCUGUGCUGGAAAAGAGCAACGAAAAGGAUCAAUUAACCGAGGCACUUCAGCUCAAGGAGCAGGAGUGCGAGAAGGCGCACCAGCAGUGUACCGAGUUGCGGGACGAGUGUGAUAAGUUGCAGCUCACACUCGCCGAAACGAAGUCUUCCAUGUUACGGCAGGAACAACCGGUUACGGAACCGAAACCGGAACACGAUCUCGGCAUGUGGGAUGAUGCCGAUGUCGGUUGGGGUACGGUCGAUACGGCACGGCUGGAAGCGCUGGUUCUUGAAAAGGACGAACUUAUUCAGCAGCUCGGUGCGGAGAAGGACCUGAUGCAGCAGGAAAUUACCGAUCUGAAGGUAAAGUCGGGCAAGCUGCUACGCAAGGUGAAGGAGUGCAAGGUGAAGUUGGACGCACAGCAGACGGAGUCUGUUGGUGGGCGAGCGGCAAGUACCGAAUCGCAGGACGCACUCGAAGCGAAGGUGCAAAAGCUAGAGCAGGAGUGUGAGGUACUGGUGCGUGAGAAGGAAGCAAACGUGCUGAAGCUGGACAUGCUGGAAUCCGCCUGCGAGAAGCUGACGGAAGUGAAAGAGUACCAGGACAAGCAGAUCGAGAUGUUGCGUGAAUCGGUAGCCACCGCUACCGCUUCCCAGGAGGUGGAAGAGCUGCGGCAGAAGGUCCAACAGAUGACGGCGACGUUACAGACGCGCCAAUCGGAGAUAGCGCAUCUGAAUGCACGCUUGGAACAGCUUACCGCUGAGGUGGAAUGUAUUGACGAGUUGCGGGCACAGCUGACCGAAGCACAGUGCCAGAAUGUCCAACUACAAACGAGUGGUAGCGUUCAAGCGACGGUGCCACCAUUCCACGACCCUGCCCAUUCCAUGGAACUGCAGUUAGCCGAACUGGAGCACAAAAAUCGAUUGCUCGAGCAGGAAAAGAUGGAAAUGUCCGGGGAACUAGAAGCACUAAAUCAGCAGAUACUGCACGAUCUUCAGUUCGAGGAUCGGCUGAACAAGGCACUGCUCGAGCUGGACGCGAAAGGUGUAGAGAUACAGAUGCUACGUUCGACACUGGAACAGCUUCAGCAAGCCGAUGGAACAGUAGCAACAGCCAGUGCAACGUCCACCGAUUCAGCUCCAGAGCAGAUCGCUACUCUGCAAGCCCACAUCCAGCAGCUGGAACGCGAACGUACCGAACUGUGGCAAAAGCUGACGGAUGUAAGUGAAGCAAACUCCUCAACAUCAGGUGCAGUUGCCCAGGUUGAUGACGCAACUGUGCGGGAAGUUCUCGAGCGGCAGGAAGUCGAGAUUGUGACGCUCAAGGAACAGCUUGCAUUGCGUAGCGCAGAGUACGCUCGGCUAGCGGCACGCGUAGAUCCAACCAAACUAUUCGCCUCCGGGCUGAGCGGCAGUGAACCCGUCCCGAAACCGGAACAGCAGCAACCACAACCACCGGCAGGUGACCGGGUACCACAGGCCGAACUAGAGUUAGCUCUGUACAUGAUCUACCAACGGGAUAUGCGCUGCGAUGAGCUAGAGCUGGAACUACGCAACCUGCUGCAGGAGCGUGACACGCUGCAGCUACGUCUCUCGAACGCACUACGCAUGCACGAAGAGUUUAAGAUGCGUUUCGCUGGUGCAAUACCCGCAGAACAAGCAGAGUACGGUACCUCGGGUGAGUGUUCAAUCGAUGCAUCGCCGGACCGGUCACUCAGUGGAUUGCCGGUUGACGAACGGCCGAUUUCGAGCCUGUCCGGUCCACAGGACCUUACCUCCAAACUGUCCGAGCUGCAAUCGAUUAGCUACUCGAAGGAGAAACGUUGGCAGGAGGAGCGUGAGGAGCGAAACCGUCAGCUAACGCUGAUACAGCGCGACCUUGCCAACAUGCCAGUCGAGGCGGCAGCUAAAAUUGCCGGUACGGACGUUACAGCGGACACAGAAGCAACCACACAGCAGAGCGCCUCCACGGUGUUGCUUAACUGGAUACUGGGGAAGAAAUAGGCAUACGGAGAGAUGUCCGUCCUACUACAAUGCUAGUUAUAACGUAAAUUGUUUUUGUUUUGUUCUUGUUUCUAUUGUUUAUCUCCCGGUUCAUUACGAUAUACCGCAGUCCACCACGAUUGUAGUAACACUGCCCGGACUAGUAACCAUAUCCGUUAAGCGUGAACAUUUUUGUUCAUAUAAGUGACUUGUUCGCAAUGGGCAUGUCAGUCUCGGUAGAUUACUGUCAUGCGAGCGGUGGAAAUAUGUGUGUGUGUAUAGUAGAAGUGUAUCUCAUACUAAACCCCCUUAGUAAAACAAAUGGUGUAUAAUAAAUCAUUGUUUGGAAGAAGCUGUAA